CCUCCGUGACACAGCCCCGAUUAAACACAUCUACAUCUUCCCUCUCUGCUCACACCCCGAUCCGCUCGCUCUCACUGCACCCGCCGUGUCGCGCCCGGCCAAAGCUUGCCUCGACGCAUAUGCAGCCCUAGCGACGACCCCUGCGCCUCAUAGGAGCCUCACCCCCAACACCCUAACAAAGGCUCCGACCACCCCGCCCGACAUACGCACACCACCUCAUGGCUACCACGACGUCUGGCCUGACCCGCCGGCGAGGAGGAGGCGCGGCCACCAACAAUGGCGACGACGAAGCCGCCCGCGUCGCCAGCCCCGUGCCGAAGCGCAACGACGACCGCACGCCCGAGACCUCCUACGAGAACUCCGCGAAUGGCCACAAGAUCGCAUACGACCCGCGGGACAUCAGCGAAAACGCAGAGCGGAGCAAGCAGCCCAAGCUGACGCUGAUGGAGGAGGUGAUCCUCAUGGGUCUCAAGGACAAGCAGGGCUACCUCUCCUUCUGGAACGACAACAUUUCAUACGCCCUUCGAGGAUGCAUAGUCAUAGAGCUGGCCUUCCGUGGCCGCAUCAGCAUGCAAAACGACUCGUCGCGACGGAGGUUCCCGCUCGCAGACCGCGUAAUCGAGGUCGUGGACAGCAAGCUCACCGGCGAGGUGCUGCUGGACGAGGCGCUGAAAAUGAUGAACACGAGCGAGAAGAUGAGCGUGAACUCGUGGAUUGAUCUUAUGAGUGGAGAGACCUGGAACCUUAUGAAGAUAGGCUAUCAGCUUAAACAGGUGCGCGAACGCUUGUGCAAAGGCCUCGUCGACAAGGGCAUCCUGCGCACGGAGAAGAAGAACUUCCUGCUCUUCGACAUGGCUACACACCCGGUUGCGGACGGAGGCGCAAAGGAGGAGAUCAGGCGGCGGGUCCGAACUGUCCUCACCAGCCGAACCGUCGUUCUGGGUGCGAGCCAAUUCCUCCCCGAAGAGCUAGAGUUCAGGUACCUACGAACAAUCGUUAUGGUCUGCGCCGCAUAUGCUGCGAAUGUGCUGGAGAACGCCCUGACCACGCUUGGGCAUGAGGCGCGGGAACGCGCUUUUGCUCAGGUCGAUGAGUUGCUCGCAGAGUAUUCACAAUGGCCGUUCGCAAGACGGGCUGGGGGCUCUGGUGGUGUCGGCGCAAACUUGGGCCAGGUCAUUAACGACGAGGUCAACAAUGCCAAAGACAGGGAGUUACAGCUAGAGGUGGUUGCGGCAUGCCUGAGCGUCUUCACAAGGCUUGACUCGCUCCUCUAAGCUUGUCGUUUUCCUUAGACGCUAACAUACUACCAAACAAUAAUUGGACCUUUGGGUAUGAUCAGGAACGAUAUCAUCCGGUCGUUAAAAUGAGGGUUCUAUUUUGCCACGGACUCUGUGCGGGCAGGCGAUCGAGAAUACAGGAAUUCUGGGCGAAAAUUAGUCAUGACAUUCUCGUUAUCAAUUCGUAUCUCUAGCGUUUUGCUUGAUGGCACUUGAUUGACGGAUCGAUUAGUUGAAGGGGAUCGAUAUCGGGGCAACGGCGUCUCUGGACCAUAUUAGCAUUCCGCUUCCAAUGGGUGUAUCUGGAUGGAAGCGAAAUCCCAUUCUGUAUUUCCCAGGCUGGACUAAUAUUACAAUUUGAAAGAUGCGUGAGCCC